CUGCCCUACACCCGGCGUAGUGCCGGCGAGAGCAGCCGCCGCAUCCGCGUCGCCUUUUUCGUCACCAGCGCUUGGGACAGCUGGGGGCGGGGCAGGAGCAUCAGGAGCGGGCUGGCGGAGGCAGAGGGGUGACAACGCCGCCGCUGCCGCUACCUCAGCCGCCGACGGAGCCCAUUGCGGAGCUUGUGGCUGCCGGCGCCCGUUGCCCAGAUGAGCCGAAGUUGCCUCAGCGCAUCCCCUGCCGCUGCCAGCAGUGGUGAAGGCGGCGGCAAGAGGAGGCGGCGGCGAAGGAGCCCGUGGCCGGGGGGCCUCUUCUUGCUGCUUCUACUGCUCUUGCCGCUGCCGGAGGCGGAUGCCGCCGUCUCGGUUUCGCCUUCCUUCUCUUCGUCUGCCGGGCGGUGCGAGCCGGAGGCGGGAGACGCGGCCAGCGACGGUAGAAGGGAAAGCAGCGGCGGCGCCACUGGCGGAGGAGGCGCUGCUUCGGCUCACUCGACGGCCGAGAACCCGCCUCUAGGGACAGAUUCUUGCCAUUUACUGAGUCCACCAUGCUUUACUGAAGAAGAUAAAUACAGUCUGGAAGCUCUCCGCACAAUUCAUAAACAAGUGGAUGAUGACAAAGAUGGUGGUAUUGAAGUAGAUGAAAGUGAUGAGUUUAUCAGAGAAGAUAUGAAAUAUAAAGAUGCUUCCAAUAAACACAACCACCUACACAGGGAAGAUAAACACAUCACAAUUGAAGAUCUGUGGAAACGCUGGAAAACUUCUGAAGUUCACAACUGGACACAAGAAGAGACCCUUCAGUGGCUGGUGGAAUUUGUUGAACUUCCUCAGUAUGAGAAGAAUUUCAGAGAAACCAACGUCAAAGGAACAACUUUGCCAAGGAUAGCAGUUAAUGAACCUGCAUUUAUGAUAUCUCAACUGAAAAUAAUUGAUCGGAGCCACAGGCAGAAACUUCAGCUGAAGGCCUUGGAUGUUGUUUUAUUUGGACCUCUCACACGACCACCUCACAACUGGAUGAAAGAUUUCAUACUAACAAUAUCUAUAGUUAUUGGUGUUGGAGGCUGCUGGUUUGCAUAUACUCAGAACAAGUCUUCAAAAGAGCAUGUCACCAAAAUGAUGAAAGAUUUGGAAAGUCUUCAGACAGCAGAGCAGAGCCUAUGUGAAUUACAAGAAAGGCUUGAAAAAGCACAGGAGGAGAAUCGGACUGUUGCUGUAGAAAAGCAAAACCUAGAGCGCAAGAUGAUGGAUGAAAUCAGCGAUGCAAAACGUGAAGCGUGUCGACUGAGAGAGUUGAGGGAAGGAGCUGAAUGUGAACUCAGCAGGCUUAAAUAUGCAGAAGAGGAGUUAGUGCAGGUCCGCAUGGCUUUAAAAAAGGCAGAGAAGGAGUUUGAGCUGAGAAGUAAUUGGUCUGUUCCUGAUGCGCUGCAGAAAUGGCUCCAGCUGACACAUGAAGUGGAAGUACAGUAUUACAACAUUAAGAGACAGAAUGCAGAAAUGCAGUUAGCAAUUGCCAAGGAAGAGGCAGAAAAAAUUAAAAAGAAGAGAAGUACUGUCUUUGGAACAUUACAUGUUGCACACAGCUCUUCCCUUGAUGAAGUGGACCACAAGAUUCUGGAAGCAAAGAAAGCACUUUCUGAAUUAACAACUUGCUUGAGAGAGCGUCUUUACCGAUGGCAACAGAUUGAGAAGAUUUGUGGCUUCCAGAUAGCACAUAACUCAGGAUUACCAAGUCUGACUUCAUCUCUGUACUCUGAUCACAGUUGGGUGGUAAUGCCACGAGUCUCCAUUCCACCUUAUCCAAUUGCAGGGGGAGUGGAUGACCUUGAUGAAGAUACUCCUCCAAUAGUGUCUCAGUUUCAUGGGUCCAUUGUGAAAACGAGCACCUUAGCAAGAAGCAGUAGCAUGUGUCGCUCCAGGAGAAACAUCGUGCCAGCAUCUCCUCAGUCGCAACACACAGCACAAACACAACAUACUCCGCAUACACAAGCUACUUUGCACUCUCCAGACCCUGAUAUCCUUUCAGUGUCAAGUUGCCCUGCUGCUUAUCGUACAGAGGAGGAGGAGGAGGCCAUUUACUUCACAGCUGACAAGCAAUGGGAAGUACAAGAUACAGGUUUUGAAUGUGACUCCUUAAAUUCCUCUGUCAGAAGGAAACAAUCUCCUCCUUCAAGCCUUGAAAUAUAUCAACCUUUAUCGCCUCAGAAAACAUCGCGGGAGGAACUCUCAUUAGAGGAGUCGUCUACUGGAGACUCUUCCUCCCUAACUGCUGAUAUUUCCAGGAGUUCUCCUGACUGUGUUGGCAUGACAGAGACUAAAAGUAUGAUCUUUAGUCCAGCAAGCAAGGUGUACAAUGGCAUUCUGGAGAAGUCCUGUAGCAUGAACCAGCUCUCAAGUGGUGUUCCAGUCCCCAAGCCUCGCCACACCUCAUGUUCAUCCACCAGCAGCGAAAGCAAAGCUGGCCAUGAAACCUCUGUUGUUCCUCGGAUAAGUAGCACCUCACAGGACUUCUGCCAGAAUGGAGAACGAAACAAAAAGUCCUCCAAAAUAAUAAAUCUUUUUAAGAAGAAGUCAAAGUGAGGCUGCUGGAAGAAACACUCAAGAGUGGCAUUGUUAGACUAUGUGUUUCCUUUUCCUUUUCUUCUUCUUCUUUUUAAAAUUAAGAAUGUAGUUAUCUAGGUUUUCCAGGCCUGGAUGCCAUGGCAGGAAAAUCUCUUAGGUCAACUUUUCUGUUUUUAAAUGACUUUAAAGUCAAGUUGUGCUGUCAAUGAGAAAGUUAAAUUUCAAGACAGUUUAGUCAUUUAUCUAUUUAUUUCUGCUUUUUUUUUAGUUUAUAUAUAAAACUUUUAAAAAAACAAACAAAAAAAACCCCACUUUAACACGAGCUUUAACGGACUAGUAAGCCUGCAUGGGCUUGCCAAAGUUUUUUCUUGUUUACUGGAUCAUCUUCUUAUCUUUCCACAGAAGCUAUGGCAUUUGCAUACUGGACUUAAGUAAUUUUUAAUGAAGUAAAACUACUUAAAUUGCACUACUGUUUUCCAGACUGGAAAGUAUCUUCUCAAGUGAAACUGUUUAGACUUAAUGACAAAAGAGAUGGUUGGUUCGUUCUUAUUUUUUAGGUCGUUUUUAUGUAGACACUAGCAUUUCUAAUAGUUGAUUUCUGGAAUUGGAACCUUCUACAGGAUGCUUCUUUAGUGCAUUUAUUAAACUAAUGGUUUGGGUCCUGUUGUAAAGAUCAUUAUCCAGGGCUUUCACUGUGAUUUUCCUGCAUUGCACAGGCUGUAUGGUUUUUUUAAAAAGACGUUUAUCGAGAGAAGAGGCUCCUGAUUCCACACGCAAGUGAUAAAAGGUGAAACUUGAUUUGAAGGACUUUUUAAGACAUUCACAACCUUAAAAUUGGGAUAGGGACAACUGUGGGCACUUGUUUACAUACUUUGACAGAAAAAGGAUGUUUGAUUUGUGAAUAUUUGUACUGUGGCAAAGAUAAUAAAUUCAAGAUAUUAUUGUGCA